AUGGAGUUUGAGGUGGAGACGGCAGCUCUGAAAGUGUCCUUCCAAUUAGCAGAAUCUGUAAAUGAUCUGCUUGCAAUUGCUGAUGAAAACUCGGAUGUUGUAGGCUUGCUGUUCGCUCAUCCUAAGGGAAGAGAAAGCAAAAGAGAGGAAUUGUCAAGUCCAAGAACGAAAACACCUUUUGCCCAACUUGCUCCAGCAAAGUCUUCAUCCAGAAUAUUAAGCGACGCUGUUGUGCAACCGGCAGCAAAAGCUGAGGCCAUACGCUUGUUCGACGGUCCGUGCCAUUUCCUUCCACCUGUUUCUCAUCUUGCCCCGAUAUUUAUCGCUCAGUGCUUAGCACCUCCACCUUCGGUGUAA